GAGAUGGUAUUCAGUCUUUUGUUCAGCCAGCAGAUACCAACCAUGUUUAUUUUGGACUUCACAGUUGAGUUCCUACAGUUCGUCUGGUUCUACCUCGUCACAGUACUCUGGGAGUGCAUCUACCUGGUGUUCCGGAACAGACCCAGGAAGGACAUUGUUAACUCCCACAUUCUUAUCACUGGGGCUGGAAGUGGGAUGGGCAAGUUGUUAGCUGCUAACUUUGCUAAUAGUGGUAAUAUUCUGCACCUAGUAGAUAUCAAUGCUGAGACCAACGAAGAGAAUAUAAAGGAUCUAGCGGACAAUGAUUGCACUGUUCACACUUAUUACUGUGAUGUUUCUAAGCUAGACUCCAUCUUGGAGAUGCACGAAAACGUGAUGAAAAACUGUCCAAAAUUGGAUUAUCUUUUCAACAACGCCGGUAUUGUUAUUGGGAAGCUAUUCCCACAUACCUCUUUCAAAGAAAUGGACCUAACAAUGAACGUGAACAUCAUGGGAGUAAUGCACAUCACCAAGGUGUUUCUAGACGACAUGAUCGAUAAAGGGGGCCACCUGAUCUUCAUCUCUUCAGUAGCCGGUCAGUGCGGAGCCCCCUUCAUGACUGAUUACUGCGCAUCAAAACACGCAGUAACCGGCUUUAGUAGGACCCUUCUCUACGAUCUAGAGUACAUGGGGAUCAAACACGUCAAGAUCACCACAAUCUUCCCGCAUUUCACUGACACUGGUCUUGUAAGAGGGGCUACAGUCAAGCUGCCAGCACUGUUCCCGUUACUGGAUCCUGUAUGGGUAGUGGAUCAGAUGGUGACCGCUACCAGGGAGGAGAGAAACGAGGUGAUCUUACCACGUGCCACCAACUACGUGAUUCUCUACAUGUAUCUGAUGCCUUGCGAGGUGUUCAGACGUUUCUGUAAGUGGUUAGGUAACGAUCUGAUGAAAACUUUCCGACAAACCAGAGAAUACUAGGCUGGAGGGUGGAAUGUUAAAUGAGGAUGAUAUGAGUAGACAUUCUGUUGAGGAAUUCUCACAGUUACGGAUUGAAGCUGAUAUUUCACAGUUCUAAAUGUGGAAACUGUUCACGAUUAGAGAUAAUGAGUGCAUUAAUAUUGAAAUUUUGUAAUUUAGUGAAUUAGUCAGUAAAACCUCGAUUUACCGCAAACCCCGAUUUACCGCAAACCCCGAUUUACCGUGAAGUGCGAACCCCAAUUUACCGUGAACCCAAACUUACCGUGAACCCCGAUUUACCGUGAACCCCAAUUUACCGCAAACCUCGAUUUACCGCAGUUGUUUCCCACAACUUAUGAUUGGACAUGACUAUAAUCAGUAAUAACUAAUAAGGAUAUUUGAUUUUUAAUUGCGCAUGAUUGUAACGUUAAUUGUUUUAUCGUGUUGUAUAAUAUAACAAAUCAACGGUUUUGUAGAAAUAUGAUCGAAACUUCUUAUAGUUUUCAAUACUUUUAUGGAAUUUUGUUGUGCCACCAAAAUUUUAAAAAGGCGGUGUUUAAAUAUUUAUGAAAUAAGGAUGUUCGGUUCAAUUUAUUUUA